UGUGCCCCCACUUAAAGCUGCAGCGUAAUUCCUUAGGAUUAAUUACUAGUAGUACGUUCCGGUGCAUCCCGUUAGGAGCAAUCCAUAGCCAGUGAGAAGCACCCGCGUCCCUUACCACAUCACCUGCGACACAAGCAAGCAAAGCGCUUGGGACCUUACGUAUAGCCACUCACCUACUGCCACUCAGCGUCAGGCCUUAUUAACGGUGCAACCUUACCAAGAGAGCCAUUUUAAGCCCCACCAUGUCCUACUACGACUCCUUCCCAUCCACUUGGAAGGACACCCCCAAGAACCGCCAAGGCUGGCAGCGCCUGCAGAGCAACACCAGCUUCCUGGAGAAGCAGCAAAAUCUGUACCGCACCCUGUCCUGCCACUACUGCGGCAAGGGCCCGUUGACGAUUGUACACUGGUCGGACCUAUCCAGCCAGAACUCGCUGUACAAGGCAACUGUGGACCACGUGGUGCCCCGAGCGCACGGCGGCCGCGAUAAUGAUGAUAACCUGGUGGUUUCCUGCGGCCCCUGCAACUACCGCAAGGGUGCCAACAUGCCGUACUGAUGACGCGACCUGCCCGCAUGACGUACAUCGGACCGUACGCACCAUACACGACGUUGUGAGCAGAGGCAUGCCGUACAUAACGCGUAAAGUGCAUGGGCUUCGUGAGUGCUUGCUGGCAUGGGGUUGAAGCAUGGGGUCUGGUGGACGUGAAGGUGUGGCGUUAUGGAAAACGAUGAGGAGCGUAGCCUAAAGCGCUUAUGACUUACCAGGAUUAAUGAAUAUAAUGUGUAGGAUGUCGGCACUCUCCUUCUUUGCCCGUAGGCACAGUUGUUGCUGUGUGGAUUGCAAUAUUACGAGUAUGUUGUCGUACAGACCUACAGGAGUCACCACAAUGCGGCUCUACCAGUAAUUGUGCGCCCGUAUUGAUUGCCGCCUGCAGCAUAAAUGGCCG